AUGCCCACCAAGGAGACAAGAAAUGUGGCUCGACUGUGGCACCCACGGUUCAUGAGAGUGUUGCAUUGGCUCUCGAGUUUCAGCUCCCCUCGCGGGGAGGCCCCUUCGUACUGUUCUUACGGCAAGGAUCAUCUCCCCUUCACGGCGAAGAGCGUGGUUGAUCUGCAAUACAAGGCCCUCAGCCACAAAGUGGCGCACUAA